CAUCUCGUCACUACCAUCUCCUUUGUUCUUCUCCAGCACUCAUCGACUACUCCAUCGUCCUCAUCUCUGCUCUUUUCUUCACGCCGUCCAUCACCACGGCAACGCACACAUUCUCGACACCGAAGAUCUUCUCGCCCAAGUCUCUGCGCGUCUCCGCACCAUGGCCGACGUCGACUCCAAAGGCCCCGCGCCCGUUCCACUCUCGAAGCAGCCCGAGUGGAGCGACGUUGUCCCCGUGCCGCAGGACGAUGGGCCCGACCCCCUCGUUCCCAUCAUGUACUCCCCUAUAUACCGCGAGCACAUGGACUAUUUCCGUGCCGUAAGCGCCACCGGCGAGCGCAGCGACCGCGUGCUUGAACUUACUGAGGCGAUCGUCCGUCUCAACCCAGCCCACUACACGGUCUGGCAGUACCGCUUCGCGACACUAGUCGCUCUGAAGAAGGACCUCGCAGCCGAGCUCGAUCUUAUGAACGAGUUUGCGCGCGCAAACCUCAAGAGCUACCAGGUGUGGCACCACCGCCUGCUGCUCCUCGAGGCGCUGUCGCCUGCCGAUCCCGUCGACGAGAUCGCCUUCAUCCACGACUCGCUCGGCCCCGAUACCAAGAACUACCACACUUGGGCGUAUCUGCACUGGCUGUACUGCCACUUCUCGGGGCUCGGACGCAUCUCGGACGAACACUGGGCGCGCGAACUGGAGUGGUGCGAUGACAUGCUCAAGUUGGACGGGCGGAAUAACUCGGCGUGGGGGUGGCGCUGGUUCUUGCGCAUGGCCAGGCCGGGUGUUGAGGGAUUGAAUGGAGAGGAGGAGAUCAAAUACGCCCUCGAGCAGAUCCACAUAAUUCCGCACAACGCGAGUGCCUGGAACUACCUGCGCGGCGUCGUGCGCGUGACUGGCGCAGCGCGUGCCCCUCUCAUCCCCGUCCUAGCGGCGUACAUGGCGGGAAGCGCGGUGCCGCCCAGGGCGCCUACAGAGGAAGUGGCCAAGGAUGCCUGGCCGAACCGCUCAGGACCGGUGGAUAUUCAGACGCCGCUGCCGGUGCCUUUGGCGCUGGAGUUCCAGGCGGACGCGCUGGUGGAAGGCGGGCGCCUCGGUGACGCCGCGGCCGUGUACGGCCAGCUCGGCGCGAGUGUCGACCGCAUGCGCAGUGCCUACUGGGAGAUGCGGCGGGGCGAAUGUGUCAACGCGUAGGCGGGGCGAGGUGCCAGGCAGGCGCUGGGCGCGAUCCAAGUGUCCAUUGCCGAGUGCCGAGUGCCGAGGCGUGAGAGGCGUGAGAGGCGUGAGAGGGCGAAAGAGCGAAAGAGCGAAAGGGCGAUAGACAGGAGGGCAAAAGGGCAGGAGGGCAAUGGCUAGUGCAGAAGUGCAGAUCGGGGGGCGUGAGUGACGAGAGAGAGAAGAGAGAGCGCCAGAGUGGGUGUGCAUAGUUUCCAUUAUAUCAUAGUUGGGUCCAGGCGACCGCGCCUAAGCGUUGUUGUCCACGGGACGAUGAACCGACGUCGAUCCGCACAGAUGGCGCACACGGCUACUUGCAGUUAAUGUACUUGGCAAUACCGACGGCCUACGGCGUACGAUGAGGAAAGUGAGGUUUGCCGAUUGUCAACUGCGGCCGGGAUCGUACCAAUAUGACUGAAU